AUGAGUGUCUGGAACCCACUCAGACUCCUGGACCUAGCAGCAAUAGAUCUGCUGAGGGAUGAGACCUCGGUCAUCUCCAUUUUGGAGUAUCUGCCCACCGAGCUCUUCCCACCACUGUUCAUUUUGGCCUUCUAUGGGAGACACAGUGAGGCCCUGAAGGCCAUGGUGCAAGCCUGGCCCUUUGUCCGCCUGCCUCUGGGGGGUCUGAUGCAGACGCCUCACCGGGGGACCUUACGAGCAGUGUUGGAUGGUGUUGAUGUCCUAGUUGCCCAGCAGGGUCGCCCCAGGAGGUGCAAGCUGCAGGUUCUGGAUUUAAGGAAUACUGGGCAGCAUUUCUGGAGGAUGUGGUCUGGAUCCAAUUACCAUGUGCACUCAAGCUCAAUGAUGGCACCAGUGGCUGAGGACAGGUCAAGAACAAAGCAGCCGUUAGCUCUGUUGGAGGUGUUUGUAGAACUUCACCUCAAGGAAAGUAACCUGGAUGAAUUCCUCAUCUACCUUAUCCGGUGGGUGGAGCAGAGAAAAGGUUCCAUACACCUGUGCUGUAAGAAGCUGAGGAUCAUUACAAUGCCCACAGAAAACAUCAAGGAAGUCCUGAGCAGGGUGCAGCUGGACUGUAUCCAGGAGGUGCAAGUGAAUUGCACCUGGCAUCUGUCCACCCUGGCCGUGUUUGCUCCUCUCCUGGGCCAGAUGAGUAACGUGCAGAGACUCCUUCUCUCCCCCAUUCUUGUGUCUGCCUUUGAGGAGCUGGAACAGCAGCAUGUUGUCCAAAUUACCUCUCAGUUCCUCAGGCUGCACCACCUCCGGGAUCUCCAUAUGGAAUCUCCCUCCUUCCUUGAAGGCUGCCUGGACCAAAUGCUCAGCUGCCUGAAGACCCCCUUGGACAACCUCUCAAUAACCAACUGCCUGUUUACAGAAUCAGACGUGACACAUCUGUCCCAGUGCCCGAACAUCAGUCAGCUAAAAGGCCUGGAUCUGAGUGGCGUCACUCUGACCGACUUUAGUCCUGAGCUCCUCCCGGUUCUGCUGGAGAAGGUUACAGCCACCCUCCAGGAACUGGACUUAGAUCUGUGUGGGAUCAUGGACCCCCAACUUGAGGCCAUCCUGCCUGCCCUGAGCCACUGCUCCCAGCUCAGGACCUUCAGCAUGUGUGGGAACCUCCUCUCCAUGGCCAUCAUGGAGAAGCUGCUGCGACACACCUCCGGGCUGCUCAGUUUAAGUCAAGAGCUGUAUCCUGCCCCUCGGGAGAGUUACAGCCCUCAGGGAGAUUUCCACCCAGAGAGACUUCUCCAGCUUCAGGUUGGGCUGUUGAAGAUUCUUAGAGACUUAGGACGUCCCAGGACCAUCUGGAUUAGCUCCAGCCCCUGUCCUUACUGUGGAGAAAACACAUUCUAUCAUCCCGAGCCUGUUGUAUACAGCUACAAUACCCUGCCUAGUUGGUAUUCUGCCUAG